GUAAAAAAAAAAAAGGCUCCAGCCCCUGUCAUCCUGAGCCUACAGACACUCCUCACUUGCUGGCAGGACUGCCAGGCCCAGACCCCUGCCCCCAGGCCGGGUGGUCUCAGUUCUCACUCAGAUUUCCAGAGGCUGCGAACGGGGCUCACUUUGCCUACAUGUGCACUUCAGCCAAGACACUCCGACAGUGAUUCUGCCCUCUGAAUGCCUUCGGAUGCCUCAAUCCUAUCCUGGUCACACCCCACUGGGUUUUGUGACGAACAAGGAAACAGCAUGAAAGAAAGCGAUGGCCCCAAAGGAGGAACUUGUGAUUGACACAAAUGGGGAUGUUCCCUUAGGGGCAUCAUGUAUCCUCAAAGAAGCCAGCCCCCAGGUCACUGAUUUCCCCGCUUGUUUACAUGCUCCGGAAAGAAGAUGUGUUUAAGUUUCCUACAGUUCUACAGUGGAAAUUGAUGCUCUGGGAAAGGAAGCCGUAUGUUCCAGAUGUAGCAGGUUUCUUUUGGAAUUCACACACUGAGAGUCUGGCGCUAUCCCCUAAAUGGUACUUUUGUUGUCUUUUCGUUCAAGACAGCAAGCUUCUUCCGGGAUCAGAACCGCCUGCCAGCCUCUCUUGAUAAACAGCCCACCAGCUCUCUUGGUAGAUCAGAUGUUUAAUGAUUAGCCUAACUCAUUGUUUAUCUAAGUGGCAAUUAUCACCACGAUGAAAUAGAAUUUUAACCGUAGGGAGAGCAUUACGGAUAGCUCCCAAGGAGAAUCUACUGGCUGGGAAUGGCCAACAGAGCUUCCCAUACACGGAGGAGAGGACCACUUCAUCCUGGCUGGCAGAUCUCCGCAUCUGAGAUGCCAUCAUUAGAUGCUGCUCCAAAGACCUAAGGAAAUGUGCCCCGGAGAAGUGUAUGGUCCCAAUCCUUCCAAGUGAGGCUCAAUGGCCCAGCAAAAUAUGAAAGUGCGGCCUGUGCUUCUAAAGCGUAACAGCCUAGAGUCAGUGGAGUUCGUGAAACAACCUCACCAUCGCAGGAGCAAAUCUCAGCAGGUACGUUUCAAGGAAGAUGGGACCAGUAAGACUCCACCUGGCCUAGCUGAGGUUGACAUCCAAGCAUCUGAGGACCCAGCUGUGAUGGGCAAGACUCAGGCCUCCAGGCACCAUCACCUCCCCACCUACUCACUCUCCUUCCCCAGGUCCCAGAAGGCAGGGGGCUUUCGGAACAUUGCGAUCCAAACCUCCCCCAGUCUUAGGAAGCAUUUCCCAGUUUUCAAAAGGAAGAGACUCACAUCCAGCAAGUCCCUGGUAGAAAUGCCAACAGCAUCCCAAAGUGCCAUCCAGGUCAACGGCAACCUCUCAGAACAGGACAUUGUAUCCUCAGAACUUGCCUACUUAAGGUUGGCUCAGCAUCUUGAGGAUGGGCCUCGAAGAGUCAAAGUAUCCCACCCAUUUCCUCCUAGAAUGUCCAAGGUGCAAAGCAAUGGGCCUAUUAGCGUAUGCUUGGAAGCAGGGACUUGGAGGCCCUCAGAGAAAGCAACUGCUACCAUUCAGGUCCCAGAUGAUAUUUACCACAGUCCUCCCUGGGCAGCUAGAAAGUCCACUCUCAGCCCAGACAGGUCAGGUGACAAAAGCAACUCCGUCCAUCCUCUGGUUGACCCGUGUCCAGGUGAUGGGAGAACAGUGCCACUAUCAGGUUCAGAAAGAUCCCCUUCUUGCUUAGAUGCCACCAGCGAUGCCAACCACAUGCCAGGCACAGGGAAACUUAAACCCGAAUUGCUCUUGCCCAAAGACAACUCUGAUGACAAAGACCUUGGCCCAUUGUCACCUCAGUCAAAGGAAACAUGUAUUUCAUCACCUCCACGGACUCACAGCUCUCCCUCACCAGGCUUCCACAGCCAGCCCACCCAUUCAGGAGGGGCUUCAGACUGUUCUUCAUUGAGUAACAAUCACCAGGAUCUACUGUCUCUCAAAACUAACAGCGUAUCAAUUUCUGCCCCCAUAUGUCGGGAGCAGAUGGCAAAGAACCCCACCCAGUCAGACACCAUGGAGUUUCAAAACUGUUCAGGAAGCAAUCACCUCCCAUCUCUUCCAAGAAGGGAGACCAAACUUCAGAACAAUGGAGAGACUGGUGGGAUUAAUCCAAUUCACCUGGCACAGGGGGAACUCUGUGAUCUCCAAGGCAGGCUGCAAUCCGUGGAGGAAUCUCUGCACUCGAACCAAGAGAAAAUUAAAGUCCUUUUGAAUGUAAUUCAAGAUUUGGAGAAAGCUCGAGCUCUCACAGAAGGGCGCAACUUUUAUCGAACUGGUCAAGAUCUCAACAAUUGCAGUACCUGCCAGAACACGGCGUGCAUCAUAUACAG